CGUACCCCAGCAGGCAGCAGCAGCUGAACGGUUCUUGCCGUUGCCAUUUGUCAAUUCAAGGCAACUGCCAGAGUGCUUAGUCUCUCACUCCGACUCCAGCCAGAAGCUAGAUAGUGAGUCAGUUUACAGACAUCAGCCUUUCCUGGCUGCCGAGUAUCAAGUGUGAAUUGUUAAUUACCUGUUUACGGGGUUUCUUCUGCAUACAUCGCUGUCAUGGGCGGCCAGCCUCAGCCAUCGGCAAGGGAAAAUCGGAGCCCUCCGAGUGCCAAAAAGAAGAGCGAAAGUGACGACCAAAAUAUGAUUGUGCUCAAUGAAGAAAUAAUGACACUGUACGAGUUGCUUGAAAGGCAGGGGAUCAGCGGAAGUGAAUGGGAGACUAUAACGCAGCCUUUGAUUGAUGCCGUGUCAAAAGCUCAGCUGAGAGAGAAAAUCAAAUGGCUUCUUCGCGUAUUGGGGCUCACGAUCGGCUUUGUACUGGCUAUUUAUUUGCUUUUCCAGAUCGGUUGGGUACAAAAGAUGUCGAGUGUUUUUUUCCGCCACUUCCUCUUGUUGAUCCUUCCUAAGUGGGACUGGACCAAGAUUUACUAUUCCGAUUGUUUCAUAACCAACCCAUAUUACGUCUCCCGGUCACUGCUUGAGGACGACUGCAAUGUCUGCGAGAGUCUGGAACGCUUAGAACGGCUCUCUAACGUCUCUUCCAGAGUUGUUUCCGAGGAUUAUCUGAAGAAUGACAUUCCUUUCAUAGUCUUAGAUGCGAUGGAAGACUGGCCGGUCAUGAACACCGAGCAGUUCUGGUUCGACAAUGUCACUGAGAUGUAUUUAAGCGAUGAGCUUCGUUCCAUAUACCCUUGUGAACUGACGUCCAAUCUGCGCCUGCGUCCAGAUGACUUGCGGACAUUCCUGAAGAAGAUUCACAAUCCUGAUGUUCGUCGGUGGUAUGGACACUGGGAGAACUGCAACAAAAAGGCAGCCAAAGCUCUGCGGCAGCUCUACAGGAGGCCUUAUUUCAUCCCUCAUAUGGUGGACUUAUCAGACUCGAACUGGGUCAUGAUCUCCUCGGAUUUCAAAGGGAAAGUUUACAAAGAGAUCGACUUCCAGACAGAGCUCCUGUGGGUGGCUCAAGUGCGCGGGUGGAGCCACAUUCGCCUUGUGCCCAGAGAGCCGUGCGACCACUACUGCCCAGAGCUUCUGGAAACUCUCACCGAAGGGCACAUGGUCGUGGUCACCAAUCUGCUGUGGAAGUUCGAAUACAUCCCGGGAGAACACACGGACAACUUAGCCGUAGCAGUUGGCGGGUUCUGGACCUGAGAACUUUUCCUAAGUUAUUCUUCAGUGUGUGAGUGGCUGGUGGUUAGAUAAUAACUCUAUAGUUGUCUCGGCGGAUGCACUCUGCGUUUUAUUAUACGACUCAUCUCGGAUGUAUAGUCCGCCAUGUGCCAAACAAUUUGUUGAAUUGUUAGUUCCCCUGUUAAGAAGAAGUAUUAUCUUUCAACUUUGUUAUAUUAUAGGUCUAGUCUCCACGAGGUCGACAUCUGUACGGCAAGCAACCGUUACAUUUAUUUUUCUCCGGUACUAAGUGAAGUAUUAUGUCAAUGAAUUAUAUAUGAAUCAAUAAUACGUCAAUACACGGAAUAUAAUGAUUUGCUAGUCAAUAAACACACGAAUGAAUACGGUCAAUAUGGUCUGUAAGUAGUCUUUGCCAUAUGGCUAUAUUGUUAUUACGUCAUCAGCCAUAAGGUACACAGGAAAAUGAAUAAAUAUACGGGACGACUAUUAUAUAAUGUGCUCUCAAUGGUGCAAUGAUUGUGUUGUAAAGCGAUGGCUGUCACGCAACUUCAAUAAAAAAAAUCCAACGGAUGAAGA